CUAACUUCGUAGUGAUCGUCAUCCUCAGUAAUUGGCUAGCUCAUGUUGGAUAGUCUAUAUAUACGGUAUACCGUAUAUUUGUUUACUUUCUUCCCAAUUUCAUGCUAGUGGACUCUAUAUAUCCAAACUGGUUUUCGUUUGGUUAUUUGCUCAAAUAUCUGAUAUGGGAUGUGCAUGGAGUGAACCAGCUAAAGUUCAGCAGGAUAAGAGUAGGGCUAUAGAGAAGCAAAUAAGACACGAUGCAGAAAAAUCAAUGAAAGAGGUCAAGUUACUUCUUCUUGGUGCUGGUGAGUGUGGGAAGUCGACAGUUUUAAAACAGAUGAAAAUAAUCCAUGGUGAAGGUUACAGAGAAGAAGAGAGAAAAGAGUACAAACCCAUCAUUUUCGCCAACACCCUUCAGUCGAUGAUAAAAAUUCUAAAAGCAAUGGAGACACUGGAUAUAACGGCGGAUGGUUUCGACCAAGCAGAUGAGUUAAAGCACCUAAACGGAUAUUUACCUACAGUUGAAGAAGGAGAUUUUCCUGAGGAUUUAUCAAAACUUUUACUAAAACUAUGGAACAACACAAGUGUGCAGAAAUGUUUCGCACGUUCCAAGGAAUACCAACUGAAUGAUUCCGCAGGCUACUACCUCAGUUCUAUUGAUAGAAUAUCUGCUCCUGAUUACUUGCCAACUGAACAAGAUGUAUUGAGAUCUAGGGUGAAGACAACAGGUAUAGUCGAAACGAACUUCCGGUUCAAGGAUCUAGACUUUAAGGUUUUCGAUGUCGGUGGACAACGUGCUGAACGUAAAAAAUGGUUACAUUGUUUUGAAGGUGUUACCGCUAUAUUAUUUAUAGUUGCUAUGUCAGAAUAUGAUUUAAAAUUAGCUGAAGAUCAAACUACUAAUAGAAUGCAUGAAUCCUUACAAUUAUUUGAUUCAAUAUGUAAUAGUCAAUGGUUUGUUGAAACAAGUAUAAUAUUAUUUUUAAAUAAAAAAGAUUUAUUUAAUGAAAAAAUACAAAAAUCUCCAUUAACAAUAUGUUUCCCUGAAUAUACCGGAGAACAAACUUAUGAAGAAGCAUCAAAUUAUAUAAGAGAAAAAUUUGAAGAUGUUAAUCGUAGAAAAACAACUAAAACAAUUUAUACACAUUUUACAUGUGCUACUGAUAAUAAUAAUAUACGUGUUGUAUUUGAUGCUGUAAUUGAUGUCAUUAUUAAAUCUAAUUUAAAAGAUUGUGGUCUAUUUUAAUGAUUCAUUAUCCAUAGAUACUAUUGAUUAAUUGAUUGAAAUCAGUAGUGUAUACAAUUUAGUUUUAAAUAGUUCAUGAAAUAUUCAAUAAUGAAUUCAAUAAAACACCAUCACCGCAACCACCAGCACCUCCACCACCACCAACAACAACAACAUACACACAUGCGGAUGCACACCUACACACCCACAAUGUAUACAUAUCAAAAUAGAAUCGAUUUAAACAUGUGUAUGUGUGUGUAUGUGCGGAGGGGGGGAGGAAGAACAUACACAAAAUGUUUUUUCUUUUUUUUGUUUGCUUUUUUAAAGGAGAAAAAAAACAUAAACAAAGAUUGUUCAUUUGUAUUUAUAAAACAGAGGGGGGGGGGAAAAUGCCAAUUUGGCUAAUUCAUUUAAUCAUUUUCUUCUUUAUUAUUUUCUUCUUUUUUCUUUUCUUCUCUUUCUUUUCUUUACUUUACCUUAGCUUGACUCUUAAUCUUUUUGACAAACUUUUUUUUUCUUCCUUUCUUUAUUGUUAUUAUUAAGAUUUUAUAAUGAUUAUAAUAGAAUCAAUUUAAUGUAUUUCAUUGAAUAAUGGAUAGUGUAAUGAUUAGUAUGAUUGUUUUCAAUGGGAUAAUGUUUAUUGACUAUAUUAUCUCAUUCUUCUGCUCCUCCUCCUCCUCCUCCUCCUCCUCCCCUUCCUCCUUUCCUUCUUCUUUUCCCCCUUCUUCUUCUUCUUCUUCCUCUUCUUCUCUUCCUCCUCCUCCUCCUCCUCCUCCUCCUUUUAUUAUCCGGGCUUGGAACCGGUAAUAGUGUUAGAAGAGUUAUAAAUGGACUUCUAUUUUAAUGAUAAUCAGGUUAAAAAUAAUCAAAUGAAAUGUCUUCUUUAUUUUUAACGAGCAGGCUAUAUCUCGUGUUUUAUUGUGUUUUUUUUUGUAUUAUUACUAUUAUUAUUCCAAAUUACACUUAUUAUAAAUGUACUAUAAUGUACUAUUUGUUUAGUCUUUUUAAGUUAAAUAUAACAUUGUGAUCAUUG